AUGCCGUCGUCCGCUAUCUUCCCCGAUUGGGUCCUUGGAUAUCCCAAGCAUGAAAAGACAAAGCCCCAUGAUGUGCCGCACCGAAGACCAAAGGCCAGACCGCCACGCGGUAUCAGAGACAAGGUACCCCUCUACGGCAAACUACCCAAAUACACAGGUCCAUACCAAGUUGGAACCAUCGACCUUGAAGUGCCUGCCAAAGAGCCGCGGACAUUCUCACAUAUUACACGUCAGAAGGUCCAUAUCAUUGCAUUGGAAACGGUUCUCAUGACGAUCUACUAUCCAGCCCACCACGAUUCAAGGUCAGAGUUGAAAACAUCUGGGUUUGGCCAGAAAUUUCGCCCAACCUGGCUAAGCCGCCCGAGGGAUCAGACCAGUCGUGGAUACGCGCGGUUCUCUUCGCUCCCUGAAACUCUUACCGAGGCAUGGUUCUUCUGUACGGCUUGGUUCACAAAAUUGCCAGCGUACAAGAACGCCAGACUCGCAGAUCAUUGGCCCCUACAAAACACGGCUUCGACAAACCAUCGAAAGCAUGAGCGGCGCGUGGGCGAACCUCCUGCAGAUGGACCGGACAAGCCCAAGUUUCCUCUCGUUAUCUUCAGCCACGGCCUCGGUGGUACUAGAACAGCGUACUCGACUCUCUGUGGCGAGUUAGCUAGUCACGGAUUUGUCGUUGUCGCUUUAGAGCACAGGGACGGUAGUGGCCCGAGAACGUUAAUCAAUCAUCCGCCCGAGGGGCCUGCAAGUCGAGAGCGCGUCGAAGAACGUGGAAAUGUCGAACACUUCAAGCACAAUCAGAACAGGCCAUAUGAUAUUGUCGACUUCAUCUUUCCGAAAGGCGACAAAUUCGAUACGACUCCAGGGCAUGAAGUGGACAAAGAACUGCGCCGAGCUCAGAUAGAUCUCCGCUUGGCAGAGAUACAUGAGGCGUAUCAGGUCAUGCAAGAGAUAUGUGCUGGGCAUGGUGAUGCAGUGGCCGCUCGCAACCUCCGCCUCAAAGGUGCAAUUGGCGCAUCAAAGGCUGGCCUCGAGGGCAUUGACUGGUCCUCCUGGAAGGAUCGCUUUCACACCCAAGGCGUGACAAUGGUGGGUCAUUCGUUUGGCGGAACCACAACUGUGAGCCUUCUUCGACAUAGGGACAAAUUCAACUAUAUCACACAAGGCAUAGUGUACGAUAUUUGGGGUAUGGCAGUUCUGCCCGCUCCAGAUGAUCCACAAUACCGGCUGCACGUGCCUCUCCUUGGUAUCAAUUCAGAAGCGUUCAUGUACUGGCGCGAAAACUUCGACGUGGCCCAGUCCGUGAUCCAGGAGGCUUUGGACGAGGGUCAACCGGCGUGGCUCUUGACCGUUCGAGGCACUGUCCACAUUUCUCAGUCGGACUUCUGCGUCCUCUACCCACAUGUCGCGAGCCUUGUCUUGAAAACAACCAUCAAUCCUAUCCGAGCGAUCGACUUGAACAUCGAUGCAUCCCUGCAAUUUCUCUCCCGAGUUAUGCCGGAGCAGAUCAAGCAUAAUCAACCUUUCAUGAGGACUUUAUCCCCGAAUAAAUUGCUUGACUUGGAUGUCUUGCAUAAGGUCCCGAGUGAGCACAAACCGAACCAAAAAUGGACUGCUGCAAGGCUAAGGAUCAAACAUGAAGGACUCAAGCGAAUGACCCCAGGGGCUCGAAGACGAUAUUGGAAGCGAUUGCACAAGUUGGGCCAGGAAGUCUGGCUUCAUUUGAAUCCGGAUUGCGCAAAGCUCGGGAGGUGCCAGACUUGCAUCGAUCGACGGUCGGGGCAUAUGCAGCUGGGAGGCGAUGUUGAAGCGGCAGAGGAAGAUGAAUGGGCAAACAUCGAAAGUGGCCAGACGAGUUCGAGGGCGAAUUCGUUACGUUCACACGGAGAUUGA